AUGGGGAUCAAAGCUUUGGAAACGCACAUGCAGUGCGAAAAACACAAAGCGGCUGCGGAAACCUGUCGGAGAACACCAGAUAUUUCUCAGUUUUGUUCCGUUGCGCCCUCCUCAGUACCACUGAGCACUGCUCCAUGCCUUACUCCGGCAUCUGCAUCAGCUUCAAGCACCGCGGUUUCUACGCCAACAGACAUCCGAACAACGUUUGGCGCCACCGCAACACUCAGAGCCGAGGUACUGUGGUCUCUGCAUACUGUAACAAAGCACCAGUCCUAUAACGCUAACGAUGCUGUCGGGGACAUUUUUCGAACUAUGUUUCCCGAUUCUGAAAUCGCUUGUACAUUUGCGUGCGGUAAAGACAAAACUGCAUACAUUGCCAGAUUUGGACUGGCUCCUUACAUAACCAAGCUCCUCGUUGCAGAUGUUAACAAGGAAAUGUUUGUUUUAAUGUUUGACGAGAGCCUUAAUGAAACGUCCAAAAAUAAGCAAUUGGACUUGCACGUCCGAUAUUGGGGACAAGAUCGCGUCCAGUCAAGAUACCUUGGUUCGCAAUUCAUGGGACAUGGGACAGCUCAAGAUUUGCUUCACCAUUUCAAAGAAUGUGCACUGCAGCUAGACUUCCAAAAGCUGUUAUCUAUUUCUAUGGAUGGACCAAAUGUUAAUUGGAAGUUCUUAGAGCUGCUCCAACAAGAGCACCGUGAGCAGUUUGGUGGCACACAAAUAAUUGUGGUGGGGAGCUGUGGCCUCCACACGCUACAUAAUGCCUGCAAACAUGGCUUCUCCAUGUGGAAGCUGGAGAAGGUUCUGAGGGCCUUGCACAUACUCUUCCACAAUACACCAGCUAGGAGGGAGGAUUUCACUGCUCUAACCAAAUGCACAAAAUUUCCACUUCCGUUCUGUGGACACAGGUGGCUCGAAAAUCUACCAGUCGUGGAGAGAGCUCUGGAAUUCUGGCCAUCAGUGACCAUGUACAUCGAUGCAGUCAGGAAAAAGAAGCUACCAAAUCCGGGAACAGCAUCGUAUGACACUCUUGAAGUUGCUGAAAAAGACCCUCUUAUUCUGGCAAAGCUACAUUUCUACAUGGCUAUCACAAGGACCUUCAGUCCUUUUCUUACCUUCUAUCAAACGGAUGUACCAGUGAUUCCGUUCCUUGCCAAAGACUUGGCUGAGCUGAUGAAGAGUAUGCUAAGGCGUUUUGUCAAGAAAGAGGUACUCAAGGAUAUCAGUUCACUGCAGCUGGUCAGGCUGGAUGUCAGUGACAAACAGAGCUGGGUCAACCUAAAGGAAGUAAACAUGGGAUUGGGUGCAGAAUCACUGCUUAAGGAACUACAGAAACAGAAAAAGUUAGGUGAACUCACAGCCCUGGAAUUUAGGCAAGACUGUGUCAAGGUGAUGUGUACCAUCAUCCAGAAAGUGCAGGAAAAGAGCCCAUUAAAGUAUCCAGUAGUGAGGCAGGUGGCCUGUUUGGACCCCAGCAUGAUGAUGUCUGACCCUGACUGGUGCAAGAGCAAUAUGACAAAACUAGUGCAGAGGUUUUUGCAAUCCCAACAGUUGUCAGGAGGUGUCUCAGCUGGUGAUGUUAUAAUCCAGCAGUUCAAUGAUUUUUUAUCUGUUGAAAAUGAGAGCUUACUCUCAUACCAACCAACAGAAACCAGGCUAGACGUAUUCUUGCAUGGAGUUCUUGGGCAGCGCUAUGAGUUAUGGAGCUUUUGCAAGAAACUGCUUCUCCUGUCCCAUGGGCAGGCAACAGUGGAAAGAGGAUUCUCCAUUAAUAAACAAGUGGAGACCUGCAAUAUGCAGGAGGAGACAAUGGUCAGUCAUCGACUAAUAUGCGAUUAUGUCAGCAUCUGUGGGGGGCUCCUCAAUGUCCCUAUCUCAAAAGAGUUACUGGCCUCUGCUGCAUCUGCUAGAUCAAGAUACAGAAUGCACCUUGAUCAGCAGAAAAAAAUGAAAAUCUCUGAUGUCCAGGCACAGAAGCGCAAAGCUUUGGAAGACGACAUUGAGGACCUGAAGAAAAAGAAGAGAAUUCUGGUCCAGGUAUCUGUGAGCCUGCAGAAGGAUGCUGACAAGCUUGCAGAAGAUGCUGAGGGAAAAGCGGGCACCUUAAUGGCACAGCUCAUUACAAAAUCCAACACACUGAGGAAGCGAUAUAAAGAAAAAACAAAUGAAUUACAGCAAAUUGAGACAGAGUUGGAUACAAAGGGCAAGGAACUGAGAUCUGUACAGUAA